GGCUCCGCCCUACCCGCCCCACGACACUGCCCCCGCUGCCGCCCCCGGUACAGCGUCCUCAGGCCCAAGACAGUCCCGACAGCUCGGACGUGGACGAGUCGGAAAUAAGGAGACAGCUGCUCAAUGACAAAUGGCGGCAGCUGUUUGAUAAAUACGAUCCUGAAGGUUUUCGGCGAAAUCCCAUGGGAUGACUUUGUGGAAGUCCUGAAGACGCCAGAGUUUGUGGAGGAGGUGACCCCUAACAAGAGGGACAUCCUAGCGGAACGUGCUCAGGAUCGCAGAACCACGGCUAUUACCUUCCAGGACUUCGUCAAUGUGAUGAGCGGCAAAAGAAGCCGGAGCUUUAAGUGCGCAGUGCACCACCGCGACCGCGAAGUGAGCAGCGAAAACGACUUCCACGUCCUACUGGAGGAGCCGCCGCUGUUCCGUAGGAUGGUGCAGAUCAUAGCGGAUGAGUUCCUGACGGAGGAGCGGGACCGGAAGUACUACGCCGAUAACUACACUUGUUACCCUCCCCCGUUCUUCAUCCUCUUCGUUACCGUAGUAGAGCUUGGUUUCUUCUCAUAUUACACAAUAUCGAACGGCGAAAUCAACCCUUCCGGUCCUGUGCCAAUCGACAGUGUCUUCAUCUAUCGGCCCGACAAGCGGCUCGAGCUAUGGAGGUUCUUCUUCUACAUGGUCCUUCACGCCGGUUGGCUACACUUGCUGUUCAAUUUGCUGGUGCAACUGUUGGUGGGCCUGCCCUUAGAAAUGGUCCAUGGUUCACUGAGGAUAGGCACUGUAUACAUGGCUGGUGUACUAGCUGGUUCCCUGGGUACCUCAGUAUUCGACACAGACGUGUACCUUGUUGGAGCGUCAGGAGGAGUUUACGCCCUUCUAGCCGCUCACCUGGCAAACGUCCUACUGAACUACAGCAACAUGGAGUUUGGAACCGUUCGACUGGUGGGCAUCUUUGUUGUUGCAAGUGCUGACGUAGGGUUUGCUGUGUACGACCGCUACGCGGCGGAGACGCUGGGUCCACCCGUCAGUUAUGUGGCGCAUCUCACCGGUGCCCUGGCUGGUCUCACAAUCGGCCUCUUGGUAUUAAAGAACUUUGAGCAGAAACUGCACGAACAGCUGAUUUGGUGGGUGGCACUCGGCGUUUACGCAGCAUGCACUAUCUUUGCCAUCAUCUUCAACUUGUGCGCGGAUACGUUCGACCCAUGAUACCACGCCUACUAUGUCGACCAGUAACCUAGAAUGGACUGGCGGCAUAGCUCGGACAAUAAAGACUUAUUCGUUUCUCGUAGCCUUGUUGGAUCUCGUAACCUCAAAGUGAUUUAAAACAGUUUGUCUCCGGUGUAUCUGAGCAUUUUGUUGUGGACUCAGUGAGUUUGAUUGUGUAGCCUAAGUAACCUACGUGUGUAAAUCUGUAAUUAGCGAUUUUGUUUGUUUCUUACUUACUGUUUUUUAUAUAAAACUUACCUAGAAAAUGGAGUAGUAACAAACACAGUAUAAGUGAUACCAAUCAUGAUAUUAUUAGCAAAUUAUAAAAGUAGUAUUUAAUAUAUUUUUCCUAAGUUGUUCAUUAGUUUUUCAAAUACAGUCAGUCAUACAUUGUUUGCCUGUCACCUCCAGUAGACAAAAACCACUUUAUUUGCGAAUUCACUAAAAAACUCUAUCGGUAAAACAAAAUGAAAACCUAGAACAAUUCAAUUAACAACAAUCUCAAGGUAUUACCCAAAAAUUAUUAGCUGCUUCUGUAUCAUUUACCUUGAGUUUAUUAAUAAUAGCUUUUAUCCACCUUCGACCUAGCUUACUGCUGUUAUUACUUAUGAUUUUCUUUGUUGUCACUAAUGAUGUAAAUGAAGUCUUAAUUUUUGAAGGUUGCUGAAACUGUUAGGGCUCUGUAAACACUUGCCAAAUUCAUGCAAUCUAGGCCACAAUUGAGAGUUGUCAAGAGUUUGUUUUCAUAAAAAAGUAUCACAGUUUUUACGAUGUUUAUUGAAUUAGGCUUUCUAAAAUAACAUUAAUAGUCCCUAAGGUAAUUCCGAUAAAUCUAAUUGUGAUUUCAUCAGCAUUAAAAGUCUUGCACAUUUUAUGUCAAAUCUGUCCUCGAAAGAUUUGUUGGCUCUGACUGUAUUUCAUAGUCUAAUUUUAUUUUGUGUAUAUUCUAGCUUAGAAUUUACUCUGGUGUUUGUUUUUUUGUUUUUUUUUACUGGUAUUGAAUAUUAAAUCAAUAUACUAAUAAAAGAAUCGUAAUGAGGUUUUUGUAUUAUGAGUGUUAAUUUUGUAAAUUAACAAUUAAAAAAACAUCUCAACACACUUUAAAAUUUAUUUCCUAUCAUUUCAGUUUAACAUAAUAUUACAUAAAUUAACAAUGUUGCACUGUUGUACAAAAUAUUUGGGGUUGUAAUGUUUUUUUUUAAUGUCUCUCUCUUACAUGUUGUUUUGUACGUAAAUGUAGCAUAUAAUGUAAUUGUGUAAAUAAUUGUGUAUUUUUAGACAUACCAAAGAAGGCUGCAAAAAUAGUGUACAUAAUAGUAGUUAUAUGCAUUUAUAAUUGAGCAAAGAUAUACUGCAAAUAGAUGUAGCGUAGACUUUUUCACUUUUGUAUUGAAUACUACCUUAGGCCUAUUAUAAAUUGUAUGUGCAUUUUUUUUAUUGAAUGGCAUUCUAAAGUAUGUAUUCAUUUGUUGCUGGAAAUUUUCAGUUUUACUUGUUGGGAUGGAUGAAUAAUAUAUUUAAAAACGUAUUUAGGAUUUAUUAAAUGGUUUUCAUUACUAUUUGUAAUUUUUGAAUAGCAAAAUAUCUGAUUGAAUUUAUUUCACCUUAUUGAUUUAACUGAGUUGAAGUUGCAAUACGUUUAAGCUAUGAUAUCUUCUAAUUGGCUUUAAAAUUCAUAACAACAUUGACUUCCUAAAAUUGUUUCUCAGUACAACUAUUUACAACCAGAAAUUUAAAGUUUUUACUGUUAUAAAUUCUUAUUAAAUUUUCUAGUGUAAUUUUUAAGUGUUUAAUAUAUAGUUUGAUUACAAAACUUAGUUUUUAAUUAUUAAACUACCAUCUGCGUGGUUGGUCCAUAGCUUAUCAGUUACAGAAUAAAUUAAAGUCACUGUUCUUGUAUGAAUAAAAUAUACCCUUUGACUAUAUAUAAAAAUAUAUAAUUUCUGAGGGUAAUUUUUGGCAAGUACAUACAAUAAAUACAAUUUUUUAAAUUCAAAAUUUAUUUUCCGAAAUUGUCUCGACAUCUCAACAUGACAGAGAGGUAGUGCUGGAUGAAUCCAUACAUAUGUUUAUUGUGUCUAAUCUGGCAUAUGUUCUGAAAUUUGUGUGGAACAUUACCUAUGAGUUAAAAAGAAAAAUGUAUAAAUUUUUAUUAAAUAUUAUAAAAUUAGUAUGAUGAAUUGUAAAAUUCUAAUUAAUAUAUAUGAUGGGAAAUUACUUAAGUGAAUGGUUUAAUUUUUGUGUAAAAUAAUUGUAAAUUAAAUACCUCAAAUUUAUUAAUUAUUUCCAUAAUGCUUUUAUUGGUAAACUAUAAAAUAUUUAUAAAAAUGUUACUAAAGGCUGAAUUUGCAUUUUACUUCACUUGUUUAUAUGCAACACAGUGCUACAAGUAUUUAGUUUAUUACUUUAAUUUACAAAAUAACAACAAUUGUCUGCCUUGGUGUUUCAUAAAUAAGUGUUUUAGACAUAUUAAAAGUGAUGAUGAUGCUAGUCAUUUAUAGUUUUGCAUUUGUAUUUUAUUUUAAGGAAAUAUUUGUACAUAUUAUCAAACUAUAUCAUAUUUUUUCCCAGUAUUCAUCUCAAAUUAUCAAUUAAUUGUUUUUUCUGUUAAUAAUUUUACAAUUAAACAUACUUUAUGUUUUAUGGAUUUUUAUAUUUUAUGUUUUAAGUGCCUACAGCUAUAUUAAAUUAGUUCUAUUAUUUGUUAUCCUUGUGAACCCUUAGCAGCAUAACACAAGUUAGUUAUCGUUCAUUUGUAUAUUCUAUUAACAGUUCCUAGCGUUCAUAUAUGUUUAUAGUCCUGUAUUUUAUAUAUUAUAUAUUUAUACAUGUACCUUUAAAAAUAUUUAUUUCUGAAAACCUUGAACUUUUUCCGUUUAUUUUAUUUAUAAGAUAAAAUGAGAUCAGUUGUUCUUACAUUAUUGCAGACAAUAAUACCAGCUACAGUUAGACUGAAAUGUGUUAGUAAGAUAUGUUUAACUCAAGCUUGGGGUUUUGUUCAUUAAGCCUUGGUGUACACAAACGUUUUGUGUUAUUAUAUUAUGUAACCAUACUACCUCUUUAAACCAUUCCAGCCUGUAGGCACUAGGCCACACCAAAGAUGUGCAAUGCACCAUGCUGCCUUGACUACUAUCACCUUCCCCCUUCCACCCCAAUACCUCGGCUCUAAGAACCGAACUUUUGUAUCAUGUUUUCUUACUCACAAAUCUGUAUAACUUGUCUAGAAUAAAAAUUAUUAUUUAUUUGAUCAAAA